AUGGGAAAGACGCAAAUAUGGGAAAAACGCAAAUAUGGGAAAAACGCAAAUAUGGGAAAAACGGAAAUAUGGGGAAAACGCAAAUAUGAAAAAAACGCAAAUAUGGGAAAAACGCAAAUAUGGGAAAAACGCAAAUAUGGGAGAAACGCAAAUACAGGAAAAACCCAUAUAUGGCAAAAACGCAAAUAUGGGAAAAAUGCAAAGAUGGGAGAAGAUAAACUUGUGGUUCACGAAAUAUAUGAGAAACGCAAAUAUGGGCAAAACGCAUAUAUGGGCAAAACGCAAAUAUGGGCAAAACGCAAAUAUUGGCAAAACGCAAAUAUGGGCAAAACGCAAAUAUGGGCAAAACGCAAAUAUGGGAAAAACGCAAAUAUGGGAAAAACGCAAAUAUGGGAAAAACACAAAUAUGGGAAAAACGCAAAUAUGGGAAAAACGCAAAUAUGGGCAAAACACAAAUAUGGGAAAAACGCAAAUAUGGGAAAAACGCAAGUAUGGGAAAAACGCAAAUAUGGGAAAAACGCAAAUAUGGGAGAAACUCAGAUGAAGGAAAAACCCAAAUAUGGCAAAAACGCUAAUAUGGACAAAACGCAAAUAAGGCAAAUCGCAAAUAUGACAAAUCGCAAAUAUGGGAAAAACGCAAAUAUGGGAAAAAAAUAUGGCAAAACCGAAAAUAUUGAAAAAACGCAAAUAUGGGAAAAACGUAAAUAUGGGAAAAAUGCAAAUAUGGGAGAAGAUAAACUUGUGAUUCAAGAAAUAUACAAGAAACGCAAAAAUGGGCAAAACGCAAAUAUUCGCAAAACGCAAAUAUGGGCAAAUCGCAAAUUUAGGCAAAACGCAAAUAUGGGCAAAACGCAAAUAUGGGCAGAACGCAAAUAUGGGCAAAACGUAAAUAUGGGCAAAACGCAAAUAUGGGAAAAACGCAAAAUAUGGGAAAAACGCAAAAUAUGGGAAAAACGCAAAAUAUGGGAAAAACACUAA